AUGAGCGGAGCGGAGCCGGGCCCGGGGCCCGGCGGUGCCGCCCUGCCCGGCGCGGCCUCUCGGCGGCAUUACCCGGCCCUGCCCGUGUGGGUGGUGGAGGACCACCAGGACGUGCUGCCUUUCAUUUAUCGUGCCAUUGGCUCAAAGCAUCUUCCUGCCAGUAACAUCAGUUUUGUUCAUCUUGAUUCCCAUCCAGACCUUCUUAUUCCUGUGAAUAUGCCUGCAGACACAGUAUUUGACAAAGAAGCUCUUUUUAGUGAAUUAAGUAUUGAAAACUGGAUUAUGCCUGCUGUUUAUGCUGGCCAUAUUUCUCAAGUAGUGUGGCUUCACCCACGCUGGGCUCAGCAGAUCUCAGAAGGGAAACACAGUUUUCUGGUUGGGAAAGAUGUAUCAACAACAACUAUCAGGGUUACAGGCACAGAUAAUUACUUCUUAAGUGAUGGUCUUUAUGUUCCUGCUGAUCAGCUGGAAAACCAGAAGCCUUUAAAUUUGCACGUCGUUCUCAUCAAUCCUACUGAAUCAUCAAACAGCAGUGAAGGAAGUGACGAAGUAGCCUCUGCUAAAAGACUGAAGCUAAAUACAGAUGACACAGCAAGUGCCACUUCUGCCUCUUCAGUGGCUCCUGCUGACUUUGAUCACAUCACCCAGAGUGUGAAAAAAAAGGAAAUGCAAAAUACAGGUGCCCUGAAUGGGGCAGAAACUUCGGCAGAAGACUCAUCUUCAAGCCAUCUUAAAAACAGUGAAUGCCCAAUAAGGGACAUUGCUAAAGAUGUCUGCCAAGUACUGCAGAAGGGGGAUGCAUAUGUUUUGGACAUUGACUUAGAUUUUUUUUCAGUUAAAAAUCCAUUUAAAGAAAUGUACACACAGACAGAAUAUGAGCUUUUGCAAGAGUUGUACAAUUUCAAGAAGCCACAUAAAAAUGCAACAGAGGAAGACUUGCUGGAUUGUGUUGAAAACCGUGUUCAUCAGCUGGAAGAUCUGGAAGCAGCAUUUGCGGAUUUGUGUGACACUGAUGACGAAGAAACUCUACAGAAAUGGGCUUCAUAUCCUGGAAUGAAGCCACUUGUUCAACUAGUUCACAGUUUGAAAACCAGGAUGGAAAGCCCAGACUAUGAAAUGGUCCAUCAGGCUGGUCUGACCUGUGAUUACGUGGAGCUUCCUCACCAUGUUAGCACUGAGGACGAAAUUGAAGGCCUCAUACAAUCCAUUAAAGUUCUACUCACAGAUCUGCCCAAACCCACGCUGGUGACAGUUGCUCGAUCAAGUUUGGAUGAUUACUGCCCUUCAGAGCAGGUUGACAUCAUUCAAGAGAAGGUUCUUGAUUUACUGCGUUCUGUGUAUGGCUCACUGGAUGUGCACUUAGAUUACUCAAGCACUUCAUCUUCUUCGUGACCUUUCUUUGUGUGUUGCUGUCUAUAUAGAGGAUUAAUUUAAAUUGUUCAUUAGCUGUGAUUGCAGGGUGAAGACUGCUGUUAUUUCAGCAGGUGGCACUAGAACCCAAGCUGACCAAGCUAGGGUUUGAGUUGCAUUGCUUUCUCCACUUUGGCUGCAUCUGAACUGUUACCUGUUUGGCUUUGUAAUUCUUAUUUUUACUGUCUUGUUUCUUAAAAUUGGUGCAAGAGAAACAACUUUUUGUCUAUAAAUUGAGGGGUUAUGUCCCAUUUCUUUGUGUCUGUAAAAGAAAUAAAGUACAUAAUUUCUUAAAA